GCGUGUCGAGCGGCGGCGACUCGGUUAGCGGAUGGCCGCCUUGCCGCAGGCUGCUGCCGGCGUCCCGGCGAGCCGUCGUGUCGGCGACCGGAGGUGGGACACGCGCUGCGGCGCCGGGGAGGCCCCGCAUGGGUGCGCGGAGGCGUGGGGGGCAGCGCCUGGUGCCGCACCUGGAGCAGGCGGCAGCCGACGGGGUGGCGUGGGGGCGGCGCGGCGGAGGCGCACUGCCCACCACAGGAAGACGGCAGCCGAGCCGGCAGAGCCACUCCUGCACCAUCAAUCGAACAUGCAGGGUACGUGGAUUUUUUUUCCUCCAAUUUUUUUCCCAUAUUCAUUUGUACUGUCAAAUUGCUUGGUGAGGAGUUCAUUUCAGCUUUCAGAUUCGCUCUGCGACAGUGUAACAUGUUUAGGGUUCCUUUGGAGUAAUUCCUAUAUAAGUCAUUUGGUUUAUAGGAUUGCUUUAAAGGAAAUUUACUACAUAGGAUAGGAAAGUUUCCUCCACUUCUUGGAGGAAUUUUAGCAUCAGGUCUAACCUCUAGUUUCAAAUUCCUUUGAGAUUUUCAAUUCAUUUUAUCUCCAACAAAUCAAUAUAUAAUCUUAAAUCUCCUAUGGUUUUCCUAUGAUACAUCCAAACACAUGUUUUAAACGAUUCCUGUAGUAUUACUUCCUGUAUGAUUCACCAUCGUGUGACAUCUCAAUCCUUGUGUUUUUUAUAUUCCUGUAUUCUCCUGUGACUUUUGUUGAGAAUGCCUUGGAAGGCUGAAACGAUAGGUGGUACUACGUGUUGUUUAAACUGUGCUGAUAGGUAGACCACAAAUUAGAACUUAAGAAUUGAUGUUUGCCAGCAGCCUAGCACCCUAGUCGGAACUUGGAAGGGACCAGAAUAAUGAAAUGAUUUGUUGGUCAUUAAUAGACAGUUUCUUUUGAUUGACAGCGGAAAUUACUCGAUAUUGUUCUUCAAAUUAUUAGUGGUAUGAACCUUUUGAGUGAUUGACAGGAAACAAAUCCACCACUAUCUGUUAAAGAUGAGAGCCAAAAGUCUGCAGUUGGCCUGACGAUAUUGUUCUGUUCAUAGUCAGUCGCGUCUUCUUGUAUUGGUUUUGUUUUACCCUGAUUGCGUGAAGUGAAACUAUUAUUCAGAUUAUAAUUGUCGACGCUAUUUGUGAUCCCGUGCAUGCACUUUGGCACUCGUCCAUGCCUCAUUUUUUCCCCUUCCGCAGCCACUGCAGAUGGUUGGUGAUCAUAGGUUAUUCAACACUCAAGUCCUGAACUUCCCUUUUCCUUAAUUGACAAUACCAGGGUUGGUGCCGAUAUUGGCUUUUACCUAAUUUAAGUAUCUCCGCCAUGUGUGGCAGGGAUUUCUCUUGGUUAGGAUUAACCUAAUUAACCAUCCGGCAUGAUCCAUGCAUGGCACAGCUUGUGGGUCUCCUAUUUUUGGGGUUGAUCUUCCUCCUUCCUCCCCUUGGUAUUAGAGGACAUCAUCUCCCUGUCCCCUCUUUGCCCUGCCAUUUCCUUCUCCUUCCUCCUGCAGCAGCUGUCGUAAGUCGUGGCACGACAGCUGCUGCGAUAUCUAUCGCACCAGGAAGGAUCCUUCCGAGGAGGAAAGGCAAACGGCGGGACGCUUGAGCCAACACACACCAUUGACAAAAACAUUAAUUAGAUCGUGAUAGAGGAAUAUAACAAUCACAGAAGCCAUGGCAAGCAGCGGCAAGGAGCACCGGCGAGGUGUUCCACGCCCACCGCCGUUGUCGCUCUACAUCGAGAGGGAGCAAGGUGAGGUCAUCAUGGCUGGUCAGGCGCUGGCGACGACGAGGAUGCUCCAGCAGGUCGCCACCAGCAGCAGUGGCAAGAAGAGGAUACUGUCCAAGCAGCUGUCCAUGAAGGAGACAACCCGGGAGGUCAAGUGGGAGAAGCGGCGCAGGCAGAUACACCGGCAGAGGAGCAGCAUGGCCCUUCAGGAUGUUGAGGAAGAAGCGAGUGCCAACAUGUUCGCCGCCACCACUGACAGCGAAAUGGGCUCCAGCACCGAGCGGGUGCCCAAGAGGCUGACCGAUGGAGACCUCGAUGAGCUGAGGGGAUCCAUGGAGCUUGGCUUUGGAUUCGACGAGGAGAAUGGUGGGCAGAACCUCUGUGACACGCUCCCUGCCCUCGACCUCUACUUCGCCGUCAACCGGCAGCUCUCGGAGCCCAAGAUGCGUUUGUCCACUAGCUCCUUGCCAUCACCGACAUCAGCGACGUCGUCCUCCUCUACCCUCGGUGGCACAUCGAACCCGGGUAGCCCCGUCGCACCUUCUUCUUUCAUGGACUCGUGGAAGAUUUGCAGUCCAGGUGACAACCCUCAGCUUGUGAAGACAAGGCUUAGGCACUGGGCUCAAGUAGUGGCCUGUUCAGUGAAACACUCCAGCUGAUCAGUGCUGUAACAACCAUAUUCUCCUCCCAAAAGCCAUUAACAAUACAAUGUUUAUAUAUAUAUAUAUAUAUAUAUAUAUAUAUAUAUAUAUAUAUAUAUAUAUAUAUGCAUAUCCCUGCAUGCAUUGGUUAGAUGGCGAAGGAUGAGAAAAUUAAACUUCGAUGGUAUAAACUGAACGUAACCUUUUUUCCCUCUGAUGAUGACGCCCAUGGUUGUGUUUGUAUAUAUACAGAUUUUAGUAUACAAAUAUGUAUGUGUUGGCAAACAUUAAUGUUCUACAUAUUGCAUAUAUGUGUCCUGGUUUUGCAAGAAUAUUUUUCAUGCCAAUUAAUCUCUGGCCGAUCUCUAAUUGAUACAAAUACAGCCUUCACUAACAUAACAUGUUGGUUGAUUUCAGUAAAACCAUAUGGAACAGAACUACAGUUACAGAAACAGAAACCAGAGACUAUCUUAGUUGUACCAGAGUCACAAAUGAUUCUAUGAGGACUUCAUAGAGGUAGAGUGUGCGUGUGUAUUCAUAGGAAUGAGUGUGAGCGCAUUGUGAGCGCCUGUGUUUGUAUUUUACUUAUAAAAAAAAUUGCUCCAAAAUGCAUAUA